CUCUUUCUACAAUGAAAACCAGCCACCUGUUUUCCAUACCAGUCAAAACAGAGUUCAAGAAGCGAAUCAUUCAUAUACGUUCGCUAAAUGCAAAGGAAGUUCAACGUUGAUUGUGUAAUCUCCUUUCCCGCCGAUUCAGUUCUCCAGCUAUUCUACAAUCGAACUACGUUUUUGUGAGGUUUUGCUAAGGAAGCUAGCUAGAUGGCGAGUUCUAGUGUUAAUGAGAGGAAGAUCGUCAAUGGUGACUGUGGUUACAUUCUCGAAGACGUUCCUCAUUUGUCCGAUUACAUCCCCGAUCUCCCUUUUUAUGCCAAUCCAUUGCAAGACAACCCUGCAUAUUCAGUGGUCAAGCAAUAUUUCGUUCAUGUUGAUGAUACUGUUCCACAACGGGUGGUUGUUCAUAAGGAUGGUCCAAGGGGGAUACAUUUUAGACGCGCUGGAGCAAGGCAGAAGGUGUACUAUAAAGCAGAUGAUGUCAAAGCUUGCAUUGUGACAUGUGGAGGCUUAUGUCCUGGACUCAAUACAGUAAUUAGGGAAAUAGUAUGUGGGCUUGAUUACAUGUAUGGUGUGAAGCAGGUCCUAGGAAUAGAAGGUGGAUAUAAAGGCUUCUAUUCUAACAACACAAUUACUUUGACACCAAAAGUUGUGAACGUUAUCCACAAGCGUGGAGGAACCAUACUUGGAACAUCCCGUGGUGGUCAUGAUACUAAAAAGAUAGUUGACAGCAUCGAGGCCAGGGAAAUCAACCAGGUGUAUAUUAUUGGAGGUGAUGGAACUCAGAAAGGAGCAUCAGCUAUAUUUGAGGAAGUUAGAAAACGUGGUCUCAAGGUUGCAGUUGCUGGAAUCCCUAAAACUAUAGACAAUGACAUUCCGGUUAUUGAUAAAUCAUUUGGCUUUGAUACUGCUGUUGAGGAGGCCCAACGUGCAAUAAAUGCAGCGCAUGUUGAGGCCGAGAGUGCUGAGAAUGGUAUUGGUUUAGUGAAGCUAAUGGGGCGCGACAGUGGAUUCAUUGCAAUGUAUGCCACACUUGCAAAUCGAGAUGUUGACUGCUGCUUGAUUCCCGAAUCACCAUUUUAUCUGGAAGGACCUGGCGGUCUUUUCCAAUAUAUAGAGAAGCGACUUAAAGAAAAUGGUCACAUGGUUAUUGUGAUAGCUGAAGGUGCAGGGCUGGAGCUCCUUUCUGAAAUUAGUAACCAGGUUGAUGCUUCAGGAAACAAAGUUUUCAAAGAUGUUGGCCUUUGGAUAUCUCAGAUGAUCAAGGAUCACUUCAAAAAGAAGAUGAUGAUCAAUCUGAAAUAUAUAGAUCCAACUUAUAUGAUACGAGCAAUUCCAAGCAUUGCUUCUGACAAUGUGUAUUGCACCCUACUGGCUCAAAGCGCUGUUCAUGGAGCAAUGGCUGGCUAUACGGGGUUCACUGUGGGGCUUGUUAAUGGCAGACAUACAUAUAUACCAUUCUAUCGAAUUAAUGAGAGGAAGAACAAGGUGGUGAUAACCGAUAGGAUGUGGGCAAGGUUGCUGUCUUCAACCAAUCAGCCAAGCUUUAUGAACUCAAAACUCAUAAUUGUGGAUGACAUCAAACAGGAAGUGUUGUAUCCACCAUUGUUGCCUCAACCCUCAGAUGAUGUUGAGGAAUCAGAAAACAAAGAUAAUUGUGAGAUCUGAUAAAGUUAAACAAGCUAUUGGUUUUAAAACUAAUAUAUGUCAUAUUGGUGGUAUUGUCUAGUUUAAGGAAAUAUAAGUAUUGACAUUUCUCUUCAUUAUGCUUAGAUGAGAAAAUGUAUAGCAUCUGUGAAUGCAUAUGCUUUAAGCUUUUGUAGAAAUAACAUUAUUGAUUUGAGCUGAUUAGUUGUUGUG